CGGCAGGUUCUCGCGGCGAUUGGAGUUCCACUUUUACCCAUUGUUGGCCACCUAACGAGCAAAGUUUUUACACGGCGCACUUUAAUUUUCCGGCCAUUAGUGGCAUGUCCACCGACGAGGAUUCCCUGGGCAGUCCCCUUAAGCCGGCCACGCCCACACCUGGCGAGCGCGAACCGACGCGGGAACGCCACAAAGGCGGUCGAUCUGGAGCCUCGGAUCUGCUGCGCCAUCAGCAGAGCUUUGAGGCUCGCUACAGUGGCAUCAUACAGAAGCAAAUCUGGGAGACGAGCAUCAACAAGGAUGUGCUGGAACGUCAGCUGAAUGCCUACUUUCCCUUCUCCAGAAGCGCCUCGCUGACCAAGGACGCAUCCGGCGGAUUCGAUCAGCUCCUGCCGCCGGCGACAAGUGGAAGUGGUCCGAAGUCUCGAUCCCUGGCCACCACGCCCACCAGGCGACCGGGCGUGUGUCUGGAGAAGCUGGAGACGGUGGAUGUGGCCUCACUCGACCAGCAGAAGCAAGCGAAGUAAUGCCCAUGGAUUAUGAGUACUCUAUCAUUGUGAUGUCCGUAAGAUUGAAAGGCAGUUUUGAACAUUUUUAGUCUAGGUUAGGAUAUGUUGGAUAUUUUGGAUAGACCCCAACAUUCAAUUCGGUAUAUUUAAUAUAUAAUAUCUGUGAAAAGCCAGAACUAGUGUUUAUUUUUGGUGCUAAUACUUCUACGUUCACUUUAAAUGUUUGAUUAAUCAAAUGCGAAUAUAUGGUCCUUAACCCUAAAAAAGUAAUAAACAAAGCAAUGAAAAAAUCCAAGCUCCCUUUAAAUGAAAAAAUAAUUCCAAUAAAUUUAGUUUUAAGAAGUAUUACUAACGUGUAAGCUGUAAGUCCAGUCCAAUCAUCCUCAAAUCUCACUAAAAACAAUCAAUUGGCAUAGUUCAACCAAUUUAAAUGCAAAAUACUCCUUUUAUUGGCUAAGUAUAAAUCCAGAACAUGCCCGGAUCAAAGUAA